GACAACAUGCAGCUUGACAUGAGUUUGACUGGCGCUAAUAAUUUGGCAUCUUAUGUGUGUGUAUUGAGAUGUAAAUUGUAAACAACUUUUUCCAGUGAAAUUCGGUAGUAUUCAAAUUCUCCAGCACCCUGAUAGUAAUUGAUUUUUAAUGUUUACGAAGUCAUUCAGGCUUUUCUAAAGCUAUCAAAAGUAUUGAUGUGAGCACGGUUUUUUUGUUGUUAUUAAUCUAAGACCCGGUUUCAACAUGUUUAACUGCAACUUGCUUUAUGAAAAAAGACCUUUGAAGAAGCCUAGAAUCGGUCCUCCGGAUGUAUAUCCUCAAGAACCCAAGCAGAAAGAAGAUGAGUUAACAAGUGUUAAUGUUAAACUUGGUUUCCCCACAAUGACCCAUCUGAAUGAUGAAUUUGGAACAGCCAAAAAUUGCAAUGUUACUGCUAGUAAGGUUGGGUCAUAUUUUAAUGCAAUUAUCAACCGCAAGGAAGAGUUAAGUGCUAUGCCUGAUUCAGGUCGAAAGCGACAGCAAAUCAAUCCGAAAGAUAACUUUUGGCCUGCAACGAUUCGAACAAAAAAUCAUAUAGAAGCAUGGUUUAAGGAUCUGGCAGGGAACAAGCCUUUAAUGAUUUUAUCAAAAAGGGCGCCAAACUUUAACAAGAAGGAGGAGAUAUUUAUGACAUUGACUGAAUAUCAAGUACCUAUGAUGAGGGCCGCAUGGUUUAUAAAGUUGAGUUCUGCUUACACAGUUGCUGUGUCUGAAGCCAAGAUUAAGAAGAGACAAAUGUCAGAUCCAACCACAGAAUGGACCAGUACUCUUCUGAAAUUUUUAAAAGAUCAAAUUCCGAAACUGCAAGAGUAUUACUGUCAGACUGAAAAGCCUCCUACAAAUGCUCCACUAGCUGCAUUGGCCAAUAAUGAAACAGAGCAAAAAUUAGCUUUGCGAUUCUGGACCUAUUGUUGUCGAUUACUAAAAUAUAUGUACGAGGAAGGUUUAAUUGACAGACAAGAUGUACUUACAUGGAUUAUCGAACUUCUAGAAAAACAUGAAAAGCCGAAAAAUCCGUCACUAGAUGAUGGAUUGUUAAGAUUACUGUUACCUUUAACACUGCAAUAUUUGGAUGAAUUUGUUCAAUCUGAACUUCUUUCUCGUCGACUUUGUCAUUUUUGUGCUAAGAAACUUAACGUGAUGAUGAAUAGCGUGGCUGAACCAAGUCUAAUCACUUCGCCACCCGGCGAAAUUAAAACUGAGCCAAAGGAAGGAGAGAAGGACCUCAAAAAGGAGACCCUUCCAGUCAAUCCCUUGCAAAGCAAUUUAGCCGAGUACCAAAAUUGUCAACAUCAUAGAGACAUUGUUGUUGAACUUAGCACCGUGGUGCAUACAAUUAUCUUAGAAUGUCCAACUGCUCUGGUUUGGUGUCCUACAGGAUUUGGAACUCAAUGGCAUGGAUCUCCUUUAGAUACCUUGCCUAUAUCACCAUCAUUGUUACCGUUGCCGGCUAGAUGUGACACAAAUUCAUAUUUAAAACAAAUCAAGCAAGCGGAGGCUGCCAUCAGAGAUAGAAGCAAGAGAGCUGACGGUAAAUGGUGCACCGAUAAGUUUCAAACUAGUUCUGCUGGAACAGUGACCACUAGAGUAUUAGCGGCAUUGGAUGCUCUAGAUAGACAUCGGUUUGAUAAAAUGGAUUCAACGAACUCUUUGGAUACGCUAUAUUCUAAGGUAUUUAGUGGAUCUGGCGAUCAAGAAAAUUCAAUUGUAAAAUUACUCUGCGAAUGGGCUGUGUCUCCAGAAAGAACUGGCGAACAUAGAGCAUUAGCUGUUGCUGCAUUAUUAGAUAGGAGACAAUCGGAUUCAAAUCCGUCAGAAAAUCACGAUGCGAUUCCAGGAGAUGAUAAAGAAAGCUGCGGUUCAGUACCAGGAGGUCCUCCUAUGUUUCAGUCAUUGUUGAUGAAAUUUUUGGAUAUUGACGCCCCACUACCAAGUCCUGAUGACUCCGUUCAGAAAAAAACAGCUUUCUCCAAUUUAGUGCACUUAUUUGCUGAGCUGAUAAGGAGAGACGUAUUUUCCCAUGAUGCAUACAUGUGUACACUUAUAGCCAGAGGUGAUCUGAUUGGACAUGAGGAUAAUUCAGAUAACAUGUCUAACCAUCACCACAGUAAAAUUGAGCAUAUGGAUUAUGAUGAUGCUGAUGUUGACAAUGAUUUGGAUAAGAUACUACAGAACAUAAAAGAAGACCAGCAGAAUUCUAUGGAUAUACCCGAUAGCCCUAAAGAACAUGAUCAUGGACAUCAUCCACAUGUUCCAAACAUAGGCCAUGUUCCUAUAGAGAACGGACAUGGAGAUAACAAGAUUAAAGCUUCCCGUCACUUUCUAUACACAACACAUUUUCCGCUAAGCCAGGAUGAUCCAUUUUGUCAACAUGAUUGUAACCAGAGGCAUGUGUUGCUUUAUGGAGUAGGAAAAAUUAGAGAUGAGGCACGACAUACAGUGAAGAAAAUGUCGAAGGAAAUAUGUAAAUUAUUCUCAAAAAAGUUCAGCGUUGAUGUAGCCGAAGGCGGAAAGGUGAAGAAACAUUCCAGGAACGAAUUUAAUUUUGAGGCAACUACCCAAAAAUGUCAAAGUUUGAGCUAUUUUGAUCAGCACGUUGUCACAUGGCAGUGCAGCGUUACAGUUGUCGAAAUGCUCAACUCAUUUGCGACUGGAAAUUCAAACUAUUUACCAGUACAGGAACACGUCGCAUUUUUGUUUGAUUUGAUGGAGUUAGCAUUGAAUAUUUAUGGGCUCAUAGAUGUCUGCAUUCAAAUUUUAAAGGAACUACCCGAAGUUGAAAUUCAACUACAUAAUAAAAAUUCUGUGCUGAGUAGAAACUACACCACUGGACUUAGCCUUUACAUAGUUGGUGUUUUGCGCAGAUAUCACUGUUGUUUAUUGUUAUCGCCUGAUCAGACGUCUGCAGUGUUUGAAGGUCUCUGCAAAGUUGUAAAACAUGUCACGAAUCCUGGAGAUUGCAGCUCAGCAGAACGUUGCAUAUUGGCGCAUCUGUAUGACUUGUAUUCAUCGUGCAUUUUACUUAAGUCAAAACCCCAUGCGGUUGAGCCAUUUGGCAAUGCUUAUCCGAAGAUUAAACAAGCCCUCUACAGCAGUUUGGUACUGCAGCCAACUAGUAGUACAUAUGUAUUCAAUUCUCAGUUUAUGCAAGAGGUUUUUAAGAAUCCUCGCAGAAUAGGACGAAUAGAAAGUACAUGGGCGAAGCAAUUGAAUGAAAGUCCGAGUAACAGGUAUUCAUUUGUUUCUAAUGCAAUUAUUCGGGCUUGCUGCAAGGAACCAGAGACUGACCGAAUCAACGAUAACGAAAGGUUAAACGAUUUAGCAAUACUUUGUGCCGAAAUGACGGCUUGUUGCAAUUCUUUGGCAUCUGAAUGGUUAGGAGUUUUGCUGGGGUUGUGCAGCCCAACAUCGCCACCCGAAUAUUAUAAAGAUGUUCUCAAUGAAAUUAAAAUUGAGGAUGUCAAUAUACACAAUUCAUUAGCCGUGUUUACCUGUAUUUUGAUAGCGAGACAUUGUUUCUCGUUGGAGGAUUUUGUGAGAACAGUUGCUCUUCCCAGCUUGUUGAAAGUAAAGUCCUUAGAUUCAUCUUCUGGCUUGGCUGAAGCUGGUAUGCGACUGACAUGUCAUUUAUUGCUAAGGCUGUUUCGGACUGCCGAGGGACCCCAACCUGGUCUAUACUCGGUGGGAUCUCCCCCGCUAUCGUCUCCAAGAGUUCCAUUAGGUGUACGUUUGAGUUGCGAUCGUCACUUGUUAGCGGCAGCGCAUCGAAAUAUUGAUGUGGGCCCAGUGUUGGCAGUGUUGAAAGCUGUUUUGAUUGUGGGCGAUGCUACAGCGAAACAGGGCACUGAACCCAGUUUAUCAAAUAUCUUGGGGACAAGCGAUUUGCAUAGUGGACUUGAUGGACCCAGUCUUGAUCUUCCGGUGGUAAACAUGGACGUAUGCGGCACCCGGACGACACAUAGGCAGAUUAGUACAGGCAACCCAGAAGCUACCGCUUCUUUGUCUGCAUUUGCCAAUCACGUAUUGAGGGAAAUCUGCUCUCAACAGUGGGUUCUCGAUAGGUGUCUAUGCCACCCAGAAAAGCUUUGCGAUAGCGACAAUUUGUUGGACGAUUUGUUGACUCACUCUCAAGCGCAGAGAUUAUUACAUAUGAUUUGUUAUCCAGAGUUGGCCUCAAGCAUUGAUGAGUUAGACCAGAAAAAUAUGAUAAGUCGAAUACUUGAGAAUCUCGAACUUUGGACACUGCGAAUGUCUUGGCUCGAUUUACAGCUAAUGUUCAAGCAGUAUAGCGUAAAUACUCCUGAACUAUCUCAAUGGUUAGAUACUGUAGCGAAAGCAGCCAUUGAUGUGUUUCAAUUAAAUGCACCAUCUAUUAAUCAUACGAGAUCUGAAGAUACUAAAAAGCAGGAGCCGCGAAGUAAAACUAGUUCUAUUUGGUUAGUUGCUCCAUUAAUUGCCAAAUUAUCAGGUGCAAUUCAAGGUCGGGUGCUUAAAGUAGCUGGUCAAGUUUUGGAUAAUGGCGGAUGGCAUUGUAAAGAUCAAAAACCUAUGGCAAAACGGAAUACAGGAGAAAGUCAAAGUAUGCUGACGCAUCAGCCAUUUCUUAGUCUAGUGUUGACUUGUCUGAAAGGACAAGAAGAAGGCCAAAAAGAGGGUCUUUUAUCGUCGCUACAUCAGCAAUUGACACAGUUGGUGCAACAAGCGAAAGAAGGUAAUCUCCAAGAUACGUGCCAUAGUGACAGAACUUUAGAUGGCCUUCAACUUAGAUUCGCCUUAGUGGGGGGAGUUUUCGAGGCGUUUCAAAGAAAUAGCUCCGCAACAACAGAUUGGGCAUUACUGCUUGUUCAGCUGGUUACUCAUGGGAUUAUAGAUCUCCACACCAAUAAUGAAUUGUUCACAACGGUCAUCGAUAUGUUAGCUACGCUAGUUCAUUCUGCAUUAGCUACAGAUACUCAGGAUGAUGGAAAAAAGAUGCACCAAAAUCUAAUGAAAAAAAUAAAGAAAGAAAUCGGUGAGAGGCAAAAUGUUUCUCUAAUGCACAUCAAACAACUCUUGCCCUUACCCAGAGUCACUACGGAGAUCAUUGGGGUAGAGCCAACCGGUUGUCUAACUGACAGCAAAGGGUACAAAAUAAGCUUCGACAGCGUUGAUAAGAAGCACGACUUAUCCAUUUCAGACAAACAACGAGUCAGUAGUUGGGAUAUUUUAGAAGGAAUGAAGAAUCCCCCACCUUUAUCAUGGGCAUGGUUUGGUGCGGUUCGUUUAGAGCGAAAGCCACUGAUGGGUGAAGAUACUCACAGGCUGCUUAAGUUCCAUACUCAUAAUCUACAAAAACCAUCAAUGUAUUAUUUGGAUCCACCUCCUCUACCGCCAGAAGAUUUGGAACCUAUCGCGGAUAAACCAGAUUCCAAUCUGAAAGCCGACACUCCAUCGUCUGUCGAUCAAAGUCCUGUAGCUUUGGGUAAAGGAAGAGGAAAGGGCCAGCGAAAGCGGAAGCCUAAAUCAGGACCAGUCACUAUGAGUCCUAUGACUAUGGGUCAUAACCCCAUAGGUCAGGGGCCUCCGGGUAUGGGAAUUGGCGUUCAAGGGAACAAUCCUCAAAUGCCGCAUGGAUUGGGCGCAUAUGGACCAAAUCCUGGCAUGCAGCCUGGACAGCAAUAUGGCACUAACCCUGGUCAACAGUGGUAUGGGCAAAAUCAGAGCGCUCAGCAACCUUACGGUUAUCCCCCUAUGAGUGGAAGUCGUUUUGAUAGGCCACCGCUGAAUACAUCAAAACAGGCUCUAUCAAACAUGCUGCGUCAGCGACAUCCUAUUAAUAACUACGGUAUGCCGGGAAUUCCGAAUAAUCCAGCAGCAGGUGGACCAGCUCCGGGAUAUGGUCAUAUGCAAAGAUUUUCAAGGCAGACACUGAGGCAGCAGCACCCUGGUAACAUGCAGUCAAAUCAAGCUAUUUUUCCAAAUCAAUAUGGCAACAUGCAACCUGGGAUGAGCAACCAAUACGGAAAUUUUGGAGGAAACACUCAGAUGCCACAGGGUAGCAUGCAAAGCAAUCCUCAAAUUAUGCAAGCAUCUCAAGCAAAUAUGUUUGGUGGUCAGCAACAAGGCUUUGGUCAACCGAGACCAGCUCAGCCAGACUUUAGACAAAUGGCAGGGAAUCCCAGAGCACCUUAUUUGCAGCAAGCCCCUAAUGUAACGAUGAAUACAAAUAUGGGUGCUAUGGGAGGAAUGGGGUCACAAGGCGGACCCGCACCACCUUAUUCCAGACCAGGGCAAGUCAUGCAACAGAGCGUCCAAAGUCAGCAGACGCCAUUCCAACAACAAAGGAUGAGACAACAGAUUAUGGCGUUGCAACAACAGCAAGGAGGUCCGGGUGGUAAUCAGCCCAAUCCUGCUCUUGUGGCUCAUCUUCAACGCCAGCAAAUGAACCCUCAAGGAUAUCACCAACCACCACCUUAUAACAUGCAGUAACGAAUUAUUAAAGAAUGCUGUAAUAUAGUGGUGAUUACUCAGCAUAACCAAAUGCUGAUCCGCUCGAUAUAAUUAUUGAUGAGAACAAAAUAUGCUAUGAGUUGUAUUGUCUUUGCUGCUGGGGAAAAUGAAAAGCAUACAUAUGUGAUGAUCACAUUUUGUUAGUAAGCAUGACGAUUUAAGUAAAAAUAAGAAAUAGUCUUCGAAAAUAUCUUUUUCCGAUGUUUGAACGGUGUGUUAAACUUAGCCACCAGUUCACCAAUUCGUUUUGUAUAGUAGAUAUAGGCAGAUAUUCAAUAUGUAUGUUCGUAAAAAUAUACUGUUUUUGAUA